AUGAGCUCUGUAACUGUAAUUGCGAAUUGGAAGCAAACUGUUCUCUACUUAAUCCUAAUCGUCUCUCUUGUCUACGUCAUCGAAACUCUAAUCUCGCACAAAUUACACAUCAACCAUAGCAAAAUCCGACUGAAAAGGUCUCCGGAUCUUCCUCUACGGUUCCGCGACGAUGGCACUUUCAAAAUCCUCCAGGUCGCGGAUAUGCAUUACGGAAUGGGGAGUAUCACUCGGUGCAGAGAUGUGUUGGAUGCUCAAUUCGAACACUGUUCUGAUCUCAAUACCACUCGCUUCCUUCGGAGGAUGAUUGAAGCUGAGAAACCCGAUUUGAUCGCUUUUACUGGGGAUAAUAUAUUUGGAUCAAGCACUACUGAUGCAGCGGAGUCUCUUGUUGAAGCCAUUGGUCCAGCCAUUGAACAUGGAAUCCCAUGGGCUGCGGUUUUAGGAAAUCAUGACCAGGAAUCCACUCUGAACCGUCAAGAACUGAUGACUUUCCUCUCCCUUAUGGAUUUUUCUGUCUCUCAAAUUAAUCCACCAGCCGGUGAUGAUUUGGACGAAGCUGAAAGAGGCGAAUUGAGAUCAAUUGAUGGCUUUGGGAAUUACCACUUAAGAGUGCACGGUGCACCUGGCUCCGUGCUGUCAAAUAGUACCGUCUUUGACCUCUUCUUUCUUGACAGUGGAGAUAGAGAAUCAGUCCAAGGUAGACGAACAUAUGGAUGGAUCAAGGAAUCUCAACUUCGCUGGCUUCAAGAUACUUCUAAACAGGGAUAUAACCAGAACAUAGGAAACUUUCUUGGUAAUCCUCCAGCGUUGGCUUUCUUCCACAUCCCAAUCUUGGAAGUCCGUGAUCUGUGGUACACACCCUUUAUUGGCCAGUUUCAGGAGGGCGUGGCAUGCUCCACUGUUCAAUCUGGACUUUUGAAUACCUUUGUGUCCAUGGGAAAUGUAAAAGCCGCGUUCAUAGGACACGACCAUAUCAAUGAUUUCUGUGGAAAUCUGAAAGGGGUGUGGUUUUGUUACGGUGGAGGAUUUGGAUACCAUGCUUAUGGAAGACCAAACUGGCACCGAAGAGCGAGAGUGAUAGAGGCUAAGCUUGGGAAAGGAAGAGACUCGUGGACAGGAGUCGAACGUAUUAGAACGUGGAAACGUCUAGAUGAUGAAGACUUGAGCAAGAUAGACGAACAAGUCUUAUGGGAAGCUUCCUACUCAUUUCUGAAAUGA